CUUCCCGUCAUUCGAUCUCGACUCCUCCCCUCCAUCUCUCUAUUCUUCGCCGACCCGGAUCCCGAUCCCGAUCAAGAUCCCGAUCUCACCAUUUUCUGGCGACUUCCACCAUCGAAGGAGAUUCCGCCUCUUUUCUCCGGUAUUUGGGACCUAGAUCGUCAACCCUAGCUCCCCCGGUACGGCGGCUGCCGACGACGGCGUAGCUCUGAUUGGUUCCAGGAGAAGGAUCCGCUUGCUGCUUUGCUCGAUAGACGCAAUCUCUCCGACGAAAAUCAUAGCAUAGAGUCGGUGUACGGACAGUGAAGAACGUCGACAGAAAAGGAGAGACUUGGAAGUUUCAGGCGGGAGAAGAAUGGCGGACCCGGCGAACUCUUCGCUUGGAAAAAUGCUGUUCGAGGAGAUCACUCCUGUGGUCAUGGUUCUGUGUACGCCCCUCGUUGAAGAGACUUGCCUCAAGAACGGUCUCCCCUUUGUACAAAUGCUCACGCCAUUCUGCAAUUUCAGUAAUAUUGACGUACCUGUGAGGACAUCUAGUGAUCAGCUUUAUCGGCUAAAGAAGUUUAAGUUGCGGCUGUUUUAUGCCUCUGAUAUCCGGCAACCCGAUAUAGAGGUGGCAAAGCAACGGCUAGAGCAUGUCAUUACUGAUGCUGGGAAGAGGGAUUUUCAGGAAUUUUGUUCGGACCCUCCUCAACUUACUGACAUACUUGCUGGUCCAGAAUCUGAAAUCUCACCAACAUGGUUUCAGUAUUACAACAAAGAGCUUAUACGUACAUUGUCUUUUUCAGAUCACGAAGCUUUUGAUCACCCCGUGGCAUGUCUCUUGGUUGUUUCAUCAAAAGACGAAGAACCUAUUAAUAAAUUUAUAGAUCUUUUCAACACCAACAAAUUACCUUCCCUCUUGAAUGAUGGUGCAAUGGAUCCCAAGAUUGUGAAGCAUUACUUGUUGGUACAUGACAAUCAAGAUGCAACUACGGAGAGAACAUCUAGAGUUUUGUCUGAAAUGAGAAGUACAUUUGGGAAUAAUGAAUGCAACUUGCUUUGCAUUAAUUCAUCUAAAGAGGGGGACGUGGAACAUCAAGCAAAUCCUUGGGCUACAUUUAAACCAAAUGCUCUAUCCACGGAAAAGCUUGGUUGUGCCCUCACUAGCGAUGACCUUAUAGAGAUGAAAGAUCUAAUGCAAGAGUUUGCCUCCAGACAUAUAAUUCCUUACAUGGAGCAAAAAGUUCGAGCACUUAAUCAACAGAUUUCUGCGACAAGGAAAGGAUUUAGAAACCAGAUAAAAAACUUGUGGUGGAGGAAAGGAAAAGAAGAUGGAUCAGAUUCAGCAAAUGGUCCUAUGUAUACCUUUAACUCCACCGAAUCUCAAAUUAGAAUUUUGGGGGAUUAUGCCUUCAUGUUACAUGAUUAUGAACUUGCAUUGUCAAGUUAUCGCCUGAUAUCUACAGAUUACAAGAUUGAUAAAGCCUGGAGGCACUAUGCUGGUGUCCAGGAAAUGAUGGGACUUGCAUAUUUUAUCUCAGAUCAGUCAAAAAAGGAAGCUGAGUACUGCAUGGAAAAUGCAUUCAACACUUAUAUGAAACUUGGGAAAUCUGGCCUACAAAAUGCUACAAGGUGUGGCCUCUGGUGGGCGGAGAUGCUUAAGGCUAGAGACCAGUACAAGGAAGCUGCAUCUGUUUACUUCCGGACAUGUGGAGAGGAACCGUUGCAUGCCGCAGUUAUGUUGGAGCAAGCUUCGUACUGCUUCUUGUUAUCUAAGCCAGCAAUGCUACACAAGUACGGGUUUCAUCUAGUUCUUUCAGGCGACUACUAUAAAAAGUGUGAUCAGGUUAACCAUGCAAUUCGUACAUACAGAAGUGCAAUCUCUGUUUAUAAAUCAACCACAUGGAGCCAUAUCAAAGACCAUGUAUAUUUUCACAUUGGACAAUGGUAUGCACUUGUCGGGAAGUAUGAUGUUGCAGUCAGAAACAUGCUUGAAGUACUUGAUUGUGGUUACCAAUCCAAGGCAACACAAGAGAUAUUCCUCAGAGACUUUUUCGAUAUUGUUAAGAAAACCGGAAUAAAGCACGAGGUGGUGAAGCUUCAACUGCCAAUUAUCAAUACCUCGUCCCUCCAAGUGAUAUUUGAAGACCAACGCACUUAUGCAUCUCAAGCUUCUGCUACUAUGGAAGAGUCUAUCUGGCAAUCACUGGAGGAGGAUAUUGUUCCAUCACUAAAUUAUGCCAAGUCAAACUGGCUGGAUUUACAGUCAAAGCUUCUGCCAAAGAAAUACAGAGAGUCAAAUGUUUGUGUCGCGGGAGAGCCAGUGAAAGUGAAUAUUGAACUUAGGAAUCCUCUGCUAACAUCUAUUUCCAUAUCGAAUGUUUCCCUCAUCUGUGAACUUAUCAAAAAUUCUGAUGACGUGACAUCAGAAGAUAAAGAUGCGAGCAGCUCAAGCUUUGGGCCCAAGAAUCCUGAGGAACAUAAUCAGGAUGCAACAUCUGGUGCUUCAUUCACUUUGUCUGAAGUAGACUUCUCAUUAGGUGGUGGCGAAGCAAAAUUGGUGAGACUUAUGGUUACUCCCAGUGACGAAGGUGUCCUCAAAAUUGUUGGUCUAAGGUGGGAGUUAGCUGGUUCUUUAGUAGGCAUUCAUUACUUCCAAUCAGUGCCUGUAAAGGUAAAAACUGCCGAAGAAAGAAGAAAAAACAAGCGUACCCCCACUGAUGACCUGAAGUUCUUAGUCAUCAAGAGUCUUCCCAGGCUCGAGGGUUAUAUUGAUCAUUUUCCUGAUAAAACAUAUGCUGGAGAUCUACGGUAUCUUGUUUUGGAGUUAAAAAAUAAGCUUGAGUCCCCAAUAAAGAAUCUGAAAAUGAAGAUUAGCCACCCACGAUUUUUAAGUCCUGGGAAUCAGGAGGAGCUGACUAUGACAUUUCCAGAUUGCUUAGAGAAGGGAAAUGGCGAUGAACAAAAUAUUGUGCAGCCUAAAACUAACAAAACAUCAAGUAGUGUAUUUACAUUUCCAGAGGACAUAUCACUUCAAGGGGAGAAAACAUUGAGAUGGCCGCUUUGGCUUCGAGCUGCUACUCCUGGAAAGACAUCUCUGUAUAUCACAAUAUACUAUGAAAUGGAAAAUGUAUCAAGCACCAUGAGAUACCGCACUCUAAGGAUGCAUUAUACCUUGCAGGUUUUACCAUCAUUAGAGGCCUCAUUUGAAAUCACGCCUUCACCAUCGAGAUUGCAAGAAUCUCUUGUGCGUAUGGAUAUCGUCAACCGUACCAAUUCAGAGAGUUUCCAGAUUCAUCAGCUGUCAACAGUUGGGUGUCGGUGGGGUAUCUCAUUGCUUCAGCCGGUUGACUCUAUCUUACCUUCUCGAUCCAUAAUAGCUGGUCAAGCUUUAUCCUGUUUCUUCAUGAUCAAGGAUGGCAGAAAAUCGGGAACAGAAGAAGAUAAAACCGUGUCCCCGUCUCCCAUUCAAACUGAUGUGGAAUUGUGUGUUCAGGGUGACAAUGAAAAGCUUUUUGACAUAUCUAGAUCAGCUUUGGCUAUUUUCCACGAUAGGGAAAGGUCGUGUCAAGGAGCCACAGAUCAGGGAAAUCCAAAUACAGUUGACUUCAUUUUAAUAUCUCGUCCAACCAGAAGAAGUGACUCAUCACCAGCUUCUGGUUCACCGGAGCUUCUAUCUCACCAUUUGUGUCACUGCAGCAUCAGGAGCUCAAACCCGAUAUCAUGGCUGGUAGACGGGCCUCGUACCAUUCACCAUGACUUCGCAACUUCCUUUCGUGAAGUAAAACUGAAGAUGACUAUCAGAAACGCAUCAGACAUCACAGUUUCUGUGAGCAUCGUCACCACUGAUAUCCCAAGCAACAAUGGCAUCCAGUCACUGACCACCGACCCUGCACCACCGGCUCCAUCAUCUCCAAACCAAGCAGGGUGGCGUUACAUGCCACCUGUAACUAACGACCUGAAAGUAACAUCAGAUGUAAUGGGAAACCGUACAGGCAAGCUAUCUUCCACAGAAAGUGUGACGCCAUUCAUAUGGUCAGGUUCAAGCUCCACCAAGGUCCAAAUCCAGCCGCUGUCUAUAGCCAAAAUCCCUCUGCUGGUAUCAGUGUUUGCUCCGGGUGUAUAUGAUCUCUCGUCCUAUAAACUGAAUUGGGAGUUUUCAAAUGAGCAAGAAAGUGUCCCGCAAUGGAAAGAAUCAGCAGGGACAUGCCCGGGAUAUCCUUAUCACCUUACUGCGCUUCAGUCUCAGUGAAGCCUCCUUUUUAGAGAUCCUUUUCAAGUCUGAAACUUUUUGGAUUUUUGCAAUGAGGAUUGUGUGGUUUGUAUCCAAUGCUUAUACUUUUUUGUAAGUUUUUUCCGUAACAUUUAUUUUCAGUUUCCAUUGUAGAAUUUGUUGUUGAGGAAAGGUGAACAUAUAACAAAACCUUGAGAAAAGCCAAAUUUUUUGUCUAUGCAGUAA